AUGCCCAGGCCGCAAGAAUUCGUCCACGGAAUCUUCGACAAUUCCUACGACCCGACCGAUGCCGGUGAGUCGGAUCGAAAGCUUAUCGAUCUGGAGGACACAAAAGUAAUCGUCGACCUCUGCCGUCUCUCUGCCAAUGCCAGCUACGGCAAUUUCUUUGCCACCGUCGGACCUGCGGAUGCCAUGAUCUCAGUCAUCGCCCCGGAAAAUCCGAUCGCUGUGGAGGAGACCCGGGAAUUUAGAUUGGACACAGUCAAGUCCCUCCCUGGCUCGGAUGUUGGCGGCCAUAUCGUUGAAAGAGUAGCUAUCAUGAAGGAUAUUGAGGUUCCUUGGAACAUCCGCAUCCCCAGGUACGGGGAUCCAGAGAUUGAACCCGAAGUGCUCAGCAGCGAGGAGAGGAAGAAAAGGGAAGAAGAAUGGCAAAGAAAGGCUGAGAAGGGUUAUGACUUCGCCAACCAACUCGGCGUAAAGGUUACGGUGGUGUGUCCUCGGACAGGCGAAGGUGUGGAUGAAGUAUUCAGAGAGGUAGCUCGUGAAGUGUUGGAGAAGAGGAAAGCAAAAGACCAAAAGAUUAUCGAAGAAGCAAAACGAGAAGAGGAAAAGCGGCGAAAAGCGGCGCGGUCACCCAUGUCACGACUAAAAAGACUAUUCUCGAAGGUAGCCUAG